CCAACAAUUCAGUGGAGAGAAAAAAAAAACAUCCCAGUGGAUUAUGACCGUUUCGGAAGUGUUUUUUUCACUGAUGAUAAAUAGGGACGUCUCCGCGCAGCCUAUCAGAUUCCGGGAUGCUAUACGCAUCAAAAUGAAACGAACGCCAGUUCUUCCUCUAAUCCCAGUCUAUCCUUUUUAUCUCGGGACUCACAGCAGUCAGAUCACUAUGGGACAGCAAAGCGGUGGAACAAAGCCAUGCAGGCGAUAGUCCUUUGCAUGAGAGAGAAAAAGUAAGUCUGUUUAAAUUUGAGUGAGGCGCAAAGUGGGCGCACAGGCACACUGCGUAUGCGUAAAAGUGGGCCAAGAUGUUCCGCAUCCUGCUCCUGGGGCUCUGCGUGGCCACGCUGGAGCUUCCCUCCCCAGUGAGCUCCUGCCCUUCGCAGUGCAGCUGUUUUUACCAUAACCUGAGUGACGGAUCCAAGGCUAGAAGCGUGAUAUGCAAUGAUCCCGACAUAGCUCUCGUGCCAGCCGGGUUCCCUGUUGACACAUCCAAACUGCGGAUCGAGAAAACAGCCAUCCAGCAAAUCCCAAGCGAAGCCUUCAGCUACCUCUCAAGUCUGGAAUUCCUCUGGAUGUCUUUCAACACCCUGUCGGCUCUGAGCCCGGAAAGCUUUCGGGGACUGUUCAACCUGGAAGAGCUUCGUCUGGACGGGAAUGCCCUCACUGCCUUUCCCUGGGAGUCUCUCAUGGACAUGCCCAGCCUCAGACUUCUUGAUUUGCACAACAACCAGCUCACCUCGCUGCCCGCGGAAGCCACCACUUACAUCAAGAACCUCACCUACCUGGACCUGUCCAGCAACAGUUUGCUGACCUUGCCGAUCGAGGUGCUGACCAACUGGCUGGCUGCGAAGCCCGUGCAGGGCCCCGAGAGCUCCAAGAUGAUUCUUGGUCUCCAUGACAACCCCUGGGUGUGCGAUUGUCGACUCUAUGACCUGGUCCAGUUCCAGAAGUCCCCCACGCUUUCCGUGGCAUUUAUUGACACAAGACUCCGCUGUUCGGCACCAGAGAGCUUCUCAGGGGUCUUGUUCAGCGAUGCGGAGCUGCGUCAGUGUCAGCUCCCACGCAUCCACACAGCAGUGGCACGAGUCCGGAGUGCGGUUGGGAACAAUGUUCUCCUUCGGUGUGGGACCAUUGGUGUACCGGUGCCAGAUCUGACAUGGCGCAGGGCUGAUGGACAAAUGCUUAAUGGAACAGUACAACAAGAAACAUCUAAAGAAGGAAUCACCUGGUCCAUCCUCAGCGUCCCAGCUGUGUCCUACCGCGAUUCAGGAAAAUUCAUCUGCAAGGCAUCAAACUAUGCAGGGAAUGCAGAGGCUGUCAUUUCUCUGGUUGUCUCUAACCCACCAAGACCCGAAGGGAACCAGACAAACACCGACAAGAAGGUCAAAGUCAAGAAGCCAAACCCAGUGGGUAAAGCAGCCUACCAGGAGAAACUGGUGGCCAGAUACGUAGUUCCAACUUCCACCUCAUCAGCUUUGGCUGCUAUGGAUUCUGACAUGUUACCUGCUGACUCCGAACAGGUCAGCUACACCCUAACUGAUGGAGCCACCCAGGAUCCCUCCACCUCCCCCAACUCAGAUGCACUACUGGAUCUGGAGAAGACAAAUCUCAGCAACCUGGCGGCGAACACUUCAUCCCUACAGCAGGACCCAGACAGGGUGGUCCGCUCUGUGAAGGUGGUGGGUGACACAGACAAUACAAUAUCUCUGAACUGGAGAGCACCUAAAGCAAAGAACACGACUGCCUUCAGUGUGCUGUAUGCUGUGUUUGGGGAGCGGGACAUGAGAAAGAUCAACGUUGGAGCGGGACAAACCCGUGUAACUAUAGACGGGUUGGUGCCCAGGACCAAGUACAUUGCCUGUGUAUGUGUGAAGGGACUGAUUCCCAAGAAAGAACAGUGUGUGAUAUUUUCCACCGAUGAAGCAGCUAGUGCAACUGGCACCCAGAAGCUGAUCAAUGUGAUUGUGAUCACUGUGGCCUGUAUCAUUGCAGUCCCCCUCACUGUCAUUGUGUGCUGUGGGGCGCUGAAGAGGCGCAUUAAAAAGUACUGGGGAAAGAAAUCCAAAGACAUUCAAGACUCAUAUGUGACUUUUGAAACACUGUCCCCUGGUACAAAGGCCAAAGGGCUUGAGGGUGAGUACUUAAACAGACUGAAUCAAGAGGAGUCUAACAGAUUGCUGUCAGCCCGCUCCAGCCUGGACUCCGAGUCAACAGCAAAGAUCGAGGGACAACCUAACGAGUACUUCUGCUGACGUCAUGCUCCAGCUCUGGCUCCUGCUCCACGCCAUCUUCCGUGCAAUCACCCACAUCCGCAUCUGCAUAGCAAUCCGAAGCCCAAUGUCCAUCUGCACCAUUCUCAUCACCGCCCACACUUUCACCCUCAUCCAUAUCCCCAGCACAAUCCCUAUUCUCACCCCACACAACAUCCUGACGUCAGUCCUCCUCCCACACGCUCCCAUACACCCACACCAUGGGAUUCCCCUCCACCGGUUCCUCCUCGCUGGAUACUGCCACCGACUCCACCGCCACAGAGGCCCAACUUCUAUCAAAGGACUCUUGCACGUUGCACAAUAAUGGAAAUCUCAGUUUAGAAGAAAAAAAUUGGAACGUUCUGGAAAAGCCUGUCCUUCUUGCAGAUGCUCUGCUGUGCAUCCAAACAUCCAUAACUGGCAAGACUUGCUUUUACGUGUAGAAGAAUGUUUGCAUCACAAAGUCUAAGAAAAAAAAGUAACAUUUGAAGCUACUUGCACGACCCAGCGAAAAAACCUUCUUACUCUAACCUGAUUUAAAGGGAACACAAUGGUACACACUCCAUUGUACAUAAUAUAUGUAUGUGUAUGAUUUGUAAAUAUUGACUGAACCAUGUACACUUACAUAUACUGUUAAUUCUGUGCCUCUGUAUAUAUCUGUCAUUAGUUCAGAGAAGAUAUACACAUAGGCAUGGUUCAACACUGGUGAGUGGAGGGCAGCUGGAGCUGGAGAGAAGUACAGAAAGGAGUGAACUAUGACGCAAUGUAAAUAAGAUGGAAAUGAGAAGUUAAAUCAGUUUUAUUCCCCAGCAAUGAGAAAUGUAAGAAAAUCUAUGUAUCCGUUCAAUGCCAGCUAGAGGCAUCAUUACCCUCAUUUAAUGUAGAUCUUUUCAUUCCGAUCAUACCGCACAUUUAAAGAUGAUUAAAUAAACUUUUAUAUAUAUUUACCUGA